AUGAUAGAUGACCCCACACAAAAAGUAAUUUUUGAAGAAAAGGUCUCUAACAAGGAGAAAGAAUUAAGUGGGUCAAAGGUUACUAAGAACCUUGAGAAGCACCCAGAAAUAAGUAUUGAUCAUCAUAUCAAGAUUCCCUUUCUGCAGAGGCUUCGAAAGAAUAAGCUUUACAAGCAAAAAGGAAACAGUUAUGAGACAGUGGCACUUAUUGAGGAGUGCAAUGCAAUACUCCAAAAGAAACUACCUCCCAAGCUUAAAGAUCCGAGUAGUUUUACCAUUCCUUGUACCACUGAGAAUGUGGUUUUUGAUAAGGAGCUUUGUGAUUUAGGGGAAAGUGUGAAUCUAAUACCUCUAUUUAUAUAUCGAAAACUGAAAUUGGGGGAAGCAAAACCAACUAAUGUGGCACUUCAAAUGGAGGAUCCCUCAGUUAAACAUCCUAGGGGUAUUAUUGAGGAUGUUCUAGUCAAGGUGGACAAAUUCAUCUUCCCUGCAAAUUUCAUUAUUUUGUAUAUGGACGAAGAUACUAACAUCCCAAUAAUUCUUGGAAGGCUACUUUUAGCUAUUGGUAGGGCGUUAAUCGAUGUUCAAAAGGGUGAGUUGAAGUUGCGAGUUCAAAAAGAGAAGACGACUCAUCAUCGUGUGAAAAUGAUCUCUAGUGGGAAAGCUCGAUUGUUACAUGAGUGGUGGAGAGUUCCAAAAAUUUGCAAUAUCAAGAAACGAGCAUUCACUCAUGACACUAUGGCUCUUAAGGACUUGAGGGGUAACUUGGAUCCCAGUUGA